CUCCGGGGGCUUGACAAAACAGAUGAACAACUGGUUUGGCCAAUUCCAAUACCCAUUGCCCCCUGCUCUCCCAACAGACUCCCCCUCCACUGCCACAACUGCCACUUUUUGAUGUUUUCAAUGUUUCAAUUGUAAAACAAUAAAAAAUAACCCAAUUUAUAGGCAAAUAGAAAACCCGCUUCGCGUCAGUUCGACAACAUGAGCCGGCAGCUAAAGUUCCACCUGCAAGCGCCCGAGAUGGAGGAGGAGUUCUCCACGGAUCUGGUGGAGAUCAAUCUGAAUCCCAGUUGCGGCCAAACCAAGCCAUCGUCUUCAGCCCAGGCUCUGGACCAGCUGCUUCUGGCCACGCCCCCGCACCGAGGCUAUCCCUACGGCUAUGCGGAGGACUCUGAGCCGGAGACGUACUUCUGCCGGAAGAGCAACUCUACGGGACAGUUGGCUGAGAAGGUAUCGCCACCGCCGCCGGCGGCCACCAACAUAAGCUGCCUGCGUCAGAUGUACUGUCCGGAGUGCAAUGAGCGGUUGCACGAGCAGGGAGUCCGACUGGAGCGACUGCUGACCAUGUGCUGCUUUGCCAUGCUGCCCAUUUAUCCCUGCUGCCCGAGACGCACGAAUAACGAUUGCAGGGUCAUUUGCGGCAAAUGUGGCUACCUCUUGGGGGCAUGGAAAAGACAGUGACAAGGAAGGC